GUAGAAAAAUAAUGGAGUUUCCUAUUUAACACACAUGCAUUUGGCAUUAUACAGUCUGCAAAUGCGUGACAAAUGGUGAGACCCCACACCAUCCCUUCGUAAUCACCACGGUUUCAUAUAAUAAUUAAUAAUCCUCACUCUCUCCCUUCUCUCUCGCUCGCCGAAAAAGUAAAAUCCCUAGCUCGGACAAGAUCUCAACCUUCGUCUUCUCUCAAUCUCUCUCUUCGCGUUCCUCUCUCGUUCUCUCUAUUCCUCCCCUCUCUCGUACUGCGACAAGCUCUGUGGUUUCUCGUGCGCUUUUGGGAGUUGAUGUGAAAACGGGUUGUAUGGGUUGAUUCCUCGCAAUUAGGGUUUAUGACGCCUAAGCAUUCAGAGACUAUGAAUGGUUCUUGGUUCUUCGACGAAAAUUUCAAUGGUGUUCCAGAUGAGUUCUUUGAUGACCUCAUUAAACAAACUGAUUUUCCCUUGGAAGGCCUGGAGCCAAACAAUGAAGGAGAAGACUGGGAAGUUGAAUUCCAAAGUCUUGAACCCCCACCUGCGAAUAUUUUGGCAAGUUUGUCCAAUGGUUUUUGUGAGGAUGCUUUUCAAGUUUCAGAAAGAUCGGGAAAUGAACCUAAGGUAAAACCAUGGUUGGGGACUUCUGAAUCCUCUUCCCGCCAAAGCAUUGACCUCCAAAGUGAUGCUUCUGAUGAAAAACAUUCACGCGUUUUUCAGACCUCCAGUCCAGUGUCUGUCCUUGAAAACAGCAGCUCUUCCUUGGUUGAGAAUCCCAUAUCCUAUCACCCAAAAUUUAUCCCAGUGAAGCGUCCGCGAAACAAGCGUCCGCGGCCUUUAACCUUCAAUCCGUGUCGUAUGAUCCCUUUUAUCACCUCCACUUUCUUAGCUUCCAGAUCUCAUUCUUUGGCUGCUUCUGAGUCAGAAUCUGAAACCUAUCAUGUGGAGAAAACAUUGGAUGUUGCCAAGAAGAAACAGAAGAAGAAGAAGAACCUGACUCUGCUUUCAUGUACAAUAGAGCUUGAGAAGUCCUCUUCACGACGACCUUCCUCUCAGCCACCAGGUCCAACCAGAAAAUGCACUCAUUGUGAGGUGACAAAGACCCCACAAUGGAGGGAGGGGCCACUUGGGCCAAAAACUCUUUGCAAUGCUUGUGGGGUUCGUUACAGGUCUGGUAGCCUCCUUCCUGAGUAUCGUCCUGUUGCAAGUCCAACCUUUGUCCCGUCGUUGCACUCCAACUCCCAUAGAAAGGUCGUUCAGAUGAGAACUAAAGCUUGUCAGCUACCGACUACAAUGGCUUCAUCUGGAUAGCACUUUGUUUAAUUCUUAGUAGGAUUGUGAGCUUUGUAGUUGGGAGUUUUCUUGUUUCUCCUGUUUUAGUUUCUAUUCAAUUUUAGGUUGAUUUGUUUCAUGUACAUUAAUCGAAUAAGAGCUAGGAUUCUUAGAUGGCCCCAUAUUUGGCAGCAGGGAGAAGUCCAGAAAUUAUUUGAAAUAGCUAGAGAAUUAAAGAUAUAUGUUCGAAUUAGGGUAACUGUUUCUUAACCCUAUUAUGAUGCUUAACUUGUUUUAACCCUUUAGGAAAAGGGAGCAGUACCAAGUUGGAGAAGUCAUGGAAGUGAGGCAGAGGAGCUUAGGGGAGCUGUCAAGUCUUUAAAAUUAUGUACACUAUUUGAUUGUUCUUGAAUGAUCCAACUUUGUGGUUAAUUUAUCUUUUACGUGUUUUGUGC